AUGUCGCCUGAUUUUCUCCACAUUUUCUUGACUGGAUUCCGGAUUAGAGGAGGUCGAAUUAGAAGCAUUUUCCUGCUCCUCAGCAUGGGUCUGACUUUUUAUGGCACGGCGACAGUAUGGUUGAGAGAAAGGGCACGCAUCUGUAACGAAUCCAGGACAUAUUACACUGAAACCUACUAUGUACCUGAGGAAGUCUUGGAUUCCAUUAAGUUUUACAGAGCAGAGAACAGGUUUGGUGUGAACUUGGACGUCGGCAGGCAAAAAGUGUGUAAGAGCUAUGCUGAGCUGAUGUGUGAGCUGAACGCUCGUGUCCCACUCGGUACUGUGAGGGCUGGAGACGGGCCUUUCUCAGGGGGGCAGUGGGAUCACUGGCUGCCCAAAUGGAGCCUUCAGGACACAGUGGGUCAUCUGAGAACCUGUGCCGUGGUUAUGUCGUCAGGUGCUCUGAGGAAUUCCUCACUGGCCGCUGAAAUCGAUUCCCAUGAAGCUGUCCUUCGAUUUAACAUGGCACCAACAGAAGGUUACAGUGCCGAUGUGGGGACAAAGACCACUCUGCGCAUCAUCAACUCUAAGGUUGUGACAUCAGAUGAAGCAGAGUUUCUGAAAGACCCUCUUUAUAACACUGGUGUGCUCAUUAUGUGGGACCCAGCUCCUUACUCUGCAGAUCUGUACUCAUGGUACAAGAAGCCUGACUAUGACUUCCACCAGCGAUACUGGGAUUACCGGAGACUCCACCCAAACCAGCCCUUCUACAUUUUAAGCCCCUCCAUGCAGUGGAAACUCUGGGAUGUGAUACAGCGAGACUCACCAGUGGACAUCCAACCAAACCCACCUUCCUCUGGCAUGCUCGGCAUUAUUGUGAUGAUGAACCUGUGUGAGCGGGUGGACGUAUAUGAGUUUCUGCCGUCCUAUCGGAGAACAGAUCUAUGCCACUAUUAUGAGGAGGGACAUAACUGGCAGUGCACUGUGGGACACUACCAUCCUCUGACAUUUGAGAAGAACAUUGUUCAUCGGUUAAACCAGGGUGAGGAUCAGGAUAUCCAGAAACUUGGAAAAGUGACCUUGUAUGGAUUUUCUACACCAUGUUUAUAUUAG